GCCCCGCUCCGGAGAGUUCAGUUCAUGCGGUGCUGCCGCCGAGCUGGAUUGGCCGCUGUGAGAGUCCGCGCCGCUCAUGGCGCUGUAGCCGGUGCCGUGCCCGUGUCAGCCGCGCGCUCUGCACCCAGGGCCGCCGCUCUCCUCCUCGGUGUCCUCGCAGCUCCUUCCCCGCAGUGCGAGCAUGGCACCCCAGAGCCUGUCCGAGGACCCCUCCCUUCUCCCGGAGCCCGGCUCCUCCUCCCCGCCGCCCUCGGGAUGCGGCUGCCCCGGGCAGUGCGGGGGGUGCCGGCUCUUCCUGGGACUGUUCGCCCUGUCUCUCUCCCUGCACCUGGUGACCCUGUGCUGCUAUCUGGAGCUGCGCUCGGAGCUGCGGAGGGAGUCGGGGAAGCUCGCCCGGGACCCCGGCCCAGGGACCAGCCAGGAUGAGGUGGAAUUAUCCCAGCUCCGGAGGACCCCACUGCACAUCUCUGACCUGCAGCCGCCGGGGCUUAUCGACGGGAACCAGAUGGCCCUGUUAAACAGCCUGAGUACUGAAGACCUAUCACAUCUGGAAGAAGAAAGCAGACAUUUACGGAGAACAAAACGGAACAAAGGCAGUGAAGGCUCUGAGAGUCCAGGGUCAAAUAAAAAUAAGAAAAAAGGUAAGAAGGUUGGACCUCCGGGACCUUUGGGUCCUCCAGGGCCAGCAGGACCUCCCGGACCACCAGGACCUCCAGGAAUUCCAGGUAUUCCAGGAAUACCAGGAACUACUGCAAUUGGCCCUCCAGGUCCCCCUGGACCUCCAGGUCCUCAAGGGCCACCUGGAAUUCAAGGGCCCACAGGUGCAACAGACAAAACAGGUCCUAGAGAAACACAGCCAGCUGUUGUUCACCUACAGGGUCAAGGAUCUGCAAUCCAAGUAAAAAAUGAUCUUUCAGGUGGAAUCCUUCAUGACUGGUCCCGGACUGCCAUGAAUCAUAGGGUGUUUAAGCUUCACACCCGUAGCGGAGAAUUGGAGGUGCUUGUGGAUGGUACCUACCUCAUCUAUAGUCAGGUAGAAGUUUACUACAUCAACUUCACAGACUUUGCUAGCUAUGAGGUGGUAGUGGAUGAAAAGCCAUUUCUGCAGUGCACACGAAGCAUAGAACCUGGUAAGACCAACUUCAAUACCUGCUACACUGCAGGGGUUUGCCUAUUAAAAGCGAAGCAGAAGAUUGCAGUCAAGAUGGUCCACGCAGAUAUCUCUAUCAACAUGAGCAAACAUGCAACAUUUUUUGGGGCCAUUCGUUUAGGGGAAGCACCUGGUUCAUAAGCAUAAUGGAAAAACUGUAGAGUCUACUUGAUUAACCACACAAUGUUGCUUCAGACAGAAUGUUGCUGCAAACACAAGUUUGAUAAAUGCAACAAAGAAGCAAGUCCACUUCUUUGUCUCCUCACAGUGAUACAGGAAAGAGAAUGGAACUACAUGCAACUCCUGUCAUGAUAAAUUAGAUAUAAAGCUACAGAGAGAAGAAGACAUGACGAAUGUGAUUGGUUAUUUUUGUUGUGGUCGAGCUGCACUGUAAUGGCCAAACCUUUACUAGAGGCAGGUCAUUUCUAAAUGUGUGGACAUAGAACUUGUUUGCCAGUAUUUUCAAAGGCGUUUUAGGAUUUUCUUGCACUUGCUGGCUGCUGCCGAUGGCGAACAAAAUCAAAGCUGGUGAAUAUAAUGAUGAAAAAUGAAAUACAAAAAAAGAAAAA